CCGAAUUCCAGGGAGGCGGGGCGGAGACAGCGGGAGGGUGCGGAGGCCUCAGCCGCGGGACCGGAUUGCUGUGGCUCGGGCGGCGCCUCCCUGCGGCGGCCUGGCCCGCUCGGCCCCGCCGGGGCGAUGCUCCCCGAGGCCGCAGGAUGAGCCAGUGACUCGGCCGGCCCGGCCAUGGCGGACCCAGUGGCGGGCAUCGCGGGCUCGGCAGCCAAGAGUGUGCGGCCAUUCCGCUCAAGUGAGGCCUACGUGGAGGCCAUGAAAGAGGACCUAGCUGAGUGGCUCAACGCCUUGUAUGGCCUGGGUCUGCCCAGUGGUGGCGAGGGCUUCCUGACGGGGCUGGCCACAGGCACCACCCUGUGCCAACAUGCCAACGCCGUCACUGAGGCCGCCCGCGCUUUGGCCGCUGCCCGCCCGGCCCGCGGCGUGGCCUUCCAGGCACACAGCGUGGUGCCCGGCUCUUUCAUGGCCCGAGACAACGUGGCCACUUUCAUCGGCUGGUGCCGAACAGAGUUGGGUGUGCCUGAAGUGCUCAUGUUUGAGACUGAGGACCUGGUGCUGCGGAAGAACGAGAAAAGCGUGGUGCUGUGCCUGCUGGAGGUGGCGCGGCGUGGGGCCCGCCUCGGCCUGCUCGCCCCUCGCCUCGUGCAGUUUGAGCAGGAGAUUGAGCGGGAGCUCCGCGCCGCGCCCCCGGCCCCCAGUGCACCUGCUGCUGAGGAGGAUGCCACCGAAACUGCCACCGUGGCAGGGGCUCCUGCCCGUGGGCCCCGCAUGACUCCCAGCGACCUGCGCAACCUGGACGAGCUGGUGAGGGAGAUCUUAGGCUACUGCACCUGCCCAGACCAGUUUCCCAUGAUCAAGGUCUCAGAGGGGAAGUACCGCGUGGGAGACUCCAGUCUCCUCAUCUUCGUGCGGGUGCUGAGGAGCCACGUGAUGGUGCGCGUGGGUGGCGGCUGGGACACUCUGGAGCACUAUCUGGACAAGCAUGACCCUUGCCGCUGCUCCUCCUCGGCCCACCGCCCGCCCCAGUCCCGGGCCCGCACCUUCUCCCCACAGAGGGUGUCUCCCACCCCCAGUCCCCGUGCAGGCAGCCCAGCCCCUGGGGCUGAGCGGCGGAGCUCCCGGCCAGAGGUGACACCCAUUAGCUUACGCAGCUCAAAGGAGGGAACUGAGACCCCACUCAGGGUCCGGGACCAGCUGCCCCCCCAUCCCCGCUCCCGCCGCUGCUCUGGGGACAGUGACUCCUCAGCCUCCUCAGCCCAGAGUGGCCCCCUUGGUGCCCGCAGUGAAGACUCAGGCACUGGCUCCCGGAGGGAGCGACCCAGCCGGAGGCUGACCACAGGCACCCCGGCCUCUCCAAGACGGCCUCCAGCUCCACGCAGCCAGUCCCGAGACCGGCUGGAUCGAGGGCGGCCGCGUGGGGCCCCAGGAGGCAGGGGAACCCAGCUGUUGGCCCCCAGCCCUGCCCGACGGGCCCGGAGCCAGAGCCGUGAGGAGCAGACCACGCUGCUCGUGCACAGGGACCGAGAUGGGCAGCACUCGUGGGUGCCCCGGGGCAGGGUCAGCGGGGGCUCAGGCAGGAGCAGCCCCCAGACUCCCCGGGCUCGCAGCCCUGCAGCCCCCCGGCCUCUGCGGGUCUCCAGCCCCAGUCCAGAGCUGGGCACCACACCGGCCAGUGUCUUCCGCACCCCCCUGCAGCUUGACCCGAAGCAGGAGCAGCAACUGUUCCGGCGCUUGGAAGAGGAGUUCCUGGCCAAUGCCCGAGCCCUUGAGGCUGCUGCUGGCGGGACCCCCCCUGGACCAGCCUCUGACCCAGCUCGGCCCCCAGACCCUCCAGCUUCUGACUCGGCCUACUGUUCCUCCAGCUCCUCCUCUUCAUCCCUCAGUGUCCUGGGUAGCAAGUGUGGCCAACCUGGGGACUCUAGCCGGAUGGCCAAUGGGCUGCCCGGAUCCCGAGGCCCAGUCCUGUCCAGCUCUUCUGAUGAAGGCAGCCCCUGCCCUGGUGUAGAGGGCCCACCAGAUGCACCUGGGAGCCCCUUGGCUGGCCUGGAGCUCCCGAGGACCUGGGCACGGGGCCGGGUGGACACACAGCCAGACAGAAAACCUUCACGCAUCCCAACGCCACGGGGCCCUCGCCGCCCAUCUGGAUCCACAGAGCCUGGGUCCUGGCAUGCCCUGCACUCAGUGAGCCCAAGGGGAGAGCCGGAUUCCUGGAUGUGAUGAACCAGCCCAGCUGCCCCUGGACCCCAUUCCUUUUUUUCCUUUUCCUUUGUGGCCUUAACCCCUCUGCAUCAGGGAGCCCCCCCCCCCACCCCUGCCUCUUGGGUACCAGACCUCAUGGGACCAGACCCCUUGGGACCACAUGGCACAAUGGGACCUCUGUUGUACAUUCCGGUUGGGGGAUGAGCGUUGCUAUUUAAUUACUAAUAUUAUUGAAUGCCUUAGAGGAGGCCAGUGAGGACCCUUCCUGAGGUCCUCUGGCCUGCAGAGCCUGACAGUAAAGUAUUUGUUCCAGCCA